UGCUGGGGAUGACAGUUGCUUCAGGCAACCCUGGGGAGGACAGGGUCGGGGGUAAAAAUCACCGUCGAGGGCCUGAGCUAGAAAGGGAAUGGAGGGGUACCGUGGCGCUGAGUGUGACCGGGCAUCCGAGACCUCCUCCUUCAUAGAGGAUGAAGAAGAAGAGGAAGAGGAGGAGGAGGAGGAAGAAGAGGAUGAGGAGGAGGAAGAGGCUGUGGACCCAGAGGAAGCAGAGGAACUGUCUAACAGUUUAAAAGAUCUUAUCCAAAGUGAAGAUGUGAAACCCAAGCUGCAGUACAUCAUGACUAACCCCUCCUUUUCUAUGGUAACAGUUCAAAGUGAAGAUAGUGGAAUAACCUGGGAAACCAGCUCGAGCAGAUGUUCUACUCCCUGGACCUCAGAAACUAGUACAACUUCUGAUCUUUACAGUAUGGAAAGUUCGCCAGUAGGUUCUCCUCCAGGAAAAGUUAUCUUUAUCAUGGAUGAAGGUAAAAUUAUUCGGAAAAGGAAGCGUAAACCUUCAAAUAGGGUGCCACUGCCUACAACUCUGAAAGGAGGCCAGGGCAACAAAAAACGUGACUCUUCUGGAAUGCAGAGACAAGAACCAAGAACUGUUCUAGGAGAUGUGCAGGGCUCAGUGUUAAAUGUUGAACAGAUGGAAACACGAGAUACAGAUGAGGAAAUGUUGGAUGACAAAGAAGAUCUGGAGAACAUUGCAGAAGAACCAGUAAAACGUGCUCCAAUAAGAUCAAUAUUUAGAGAAAACAGACUGAGAAAAGUAGGGCCGAUCCUUGGAGGACCAGUAAAAGCUAGAAUCCAGCUGUUCAACUCCAUUUUUGGAGGAACUGGGCCAGCCCCUGAAACACUAGAGAAAACUAGUUUCCAAAGAAAGAGCUCAGUUUCAGGAGAUUCUGAACACUUCCUAGAUACAUCAGUAAAAGAAAGAUUGCAUCAGUUCAGUUCAGUUUCGGAAGCAACACAUCCAAAACCUUUCCAGAGGAUAAGCAGAAAUCUUGAAACACCAUCAGAAAGAAGAAGGAAUCAAAGGCAACAAUCUGCAACACAUUCAAAUCAAAGCUAUUCUUCAACAACACAUCGUGAAAAACAACAUACUAAUAAAGAUAUUUCAUUUCAAAAUAUUAAACCUACUAAAAUGAAAGAUACACCAAGCAAAUUUUCAAGCUCUGCUGAAAAAACAACUCUUCAGCAUAAAGAAAGAAAAGACAGACAAUCUCUACUGGAGACUCCAGAUGAGGUAUCAGGACAGUCACUGAAGUCCUGCCCUCCUGGAGAAGCAAGGAAGCAGCAAAGUUUCUCCUAUUCACCGGUGGCCAAAAUGGCAAUAACAGAGCAGUCAACAUCCAUUGCAUUAGAGCCUGAUGACAAAUCAGAGAAACAAGUGCUGAUUCCUUCAGCUGAAACUGCAAACAAGAAAACAGACCAAUCACUGCUGACAGCAUCAGAUCUUCUGGAUGAACCAAAGGAGCAGGAAACUCAGGCCAGUUCAGCACCACAGCCUGCUUCAGCAGAUUCUGUUAAUGAAUUAGAUAGACAAAGCACUGAACCUAUUUUGCCUACAGCAUCUGCAUCAGAACAUUCUGAGAAGGAAAUACAGAAGUCAGCAGCUCAGUCUUACUUACCUAGUGCUCUAUCAGCUAAAUUCAGAUAUUCCACUCAAUCCGAAACAAGACAGGAGGAUAUUAUUCCUCAGUCACCAGAAACUGCACAAUCAGAGUCUGAACAUGUGCUUUUACCACAUUCUGUAGAUGAAACAAAGGAGCAAGAAACUGAGGGUCACUCGUCAGCAACUGCACAGUCAAAAACUGAUCUUUCAGGUCCAUUGUAUUCCGUUAAAAAAACGGAGAGUCAAAGGACCCCAAUACCAGAAAUGCAAAAUGUUCACUUACAGAAGCAAACAGAGUCAGAACAAGACUUCUCCACUCAGAUACCAGAGGAGAAAGGAGUUAAAUUAAAUUCACGUAUUCCUGAAAAGAUAGAUUCCAAAUAUCUUGGCAUUUCCUAUGCUGUUUGCAGAGAAAAAGAACAAACACAGAAAAGUUCAGUUGUAAAUAAAGCAGUAGAUAUGGAUCACCCUUUUGUUUCCACUGAAGAAAACAAUCAAGCAGAGAGUGCACAAAUGGAGAUGGAGAAUCCAGAGUUCUCAUACUCCAGUGAAAAAAUGUUGGAAUCAGAGAGUGCAAAACUGGAAACAGAGCAUCCAGACUUUUCUUAUUCCAAGGAAGACACAGAAGAAGCAGAGAGUGAACUGCUGGAGAUGGAGCAGCCAGACUUUUCUUUUUCCAGGGAAGACACAGAAGAAUUGGAGCAUGCACAACGUAAGAUGGAGCAGCCAGAUUUUUCAUAUUCCAGAGAAGAAAUUGUGGAAUCACAGAGUGCAAAACUGGAGACGAAGCAUCCAGAUUUCUCAUACUCCAGAGAAGAAAUGUUGGAAACAGAGAGUGCACAGCUGGAGAUGGAGCAGCCAGACAUCUCUUUUUCCAGGGAAGAAACAGAGGAAAUGGAGAGUGCACAACAUAAGACGGAGCAUCCAGAUUUUUCAUAUUCCAGAGAAGAAAUGGAGGAAUCAGAGAGUGCACAGCUGGAGAUGGAGCAGCCAGACAUCUCUUUUUCCAGGGAAGAAACAGAGGAAAUGGAGAGUGCGCAGCUGGAGAUGGAGCAGCCAGACAUCUCUUUUGCCAAUGAAGAAACAAAGGAAGUGGAGAGUGCACAACAUAAGAUGGAGCAUCCAGAUUUUUCAUAUUCCAGAGAAGAAAUGGAGGAAUCGGAGUGUGCACAGCUGGAGAUGGAGCAGCCAGACUUUUCUUUUUCCAGGCAAGACACAGAAGAACCAGAGAGUGCACAGCAUAAGAUGGAGCAUCCAGAUUUUUCAUAUUCCAGAGAAGAAACUGAGGAAAUGGAAAGUGCACAGCUAGAGAUGGAGCAGCCAGACAUCUCUCUUUCCAAGGAAGACGCAGAAGAAUCAGAGAGUGCACAACGUAAGACAGACCAUCCAGGUCUUUCAUAUUCCAGGGAAGAAAUGCUGGAAUCAGAGAGUACACAGCUGGAGACAGAGUAUCCAGACUUUUCAUUUUCCAGGGAAGAAACAGUGGAAUCAGAGAGUGCACAGCUGGAGACAGAGUAUCCAGACUUCUCUUUUUCCAGUGAAGAAACAGAGGAAUUGGAGAAUGCUCAAUAUAAGAUGGAGCAUCCAAACUUUUCAUAUUCCAGAGAAGAAAUGGUGGAAUCAGAGAGUGCACAGCUGGAGCAUCCAGACUUUUCAUUUUCCAGGGAAGAAACAGAGGAAUCAGAGAGUGCACAACUGGAGACAGAACAUCAGGACUUUUCCUUUUACAAGGAAGAAACAGAAAGGCAAAAAUCUAUUCCUAUUGAACUGGAACACCCAGAGUCUUACUCCCCUGAAGAAGCAGAGCAAGAAACAACAACAAAACUUGAGUUAGAACCUUCAGAUUUAUCAUGUUUGGGGGAAGAAGUAGAGAAAGAAAACACUAUAGAACUUGACUCGGUACAUCCAGAUAUAUACGAUUCCACUGGAAGAGAUGAGAUGCAGCAAAUGGGGCAUCUGAAAACAGGGCAUUCAGAUUUACCAUAUCCCAUGGAUAAAACAAAGCAUCAAACAUUGGCACAAGUAGAUUUGGACAGUUCUCUUUCAUCAUAUUUUGGUGACAAAGGAGAACAGCUGCAGCCUGUACAGCAGGAUUCACAACUUGGAGGUAAACUGUACUCACUUGGCAAGGCAGUGCAAGGAGAAAAUACUCAACUUGCUCAGUCUGAGCAUCCAAUUUUGUCAUAUUCUACUACAAAAGAACAGCAACAUAUAACUUCACAGCUGAGGGCAGAAGAGGCUGAUACUUCGUAUUCCACUGACAAAACAAAACAGGAAAUAUUGCAACCAAAGUUGGAACACGCAGAUGCCCCAUAUUCCCAGGGAGAAGCAACACAGGAAGCUGUCCACAAAGACUUAGAAGGUCCAGGAUGGCCAAGUUUCAUUAGCGAAGGAGAGCAAAAUGAAAAUGUACUACCCUCAGAAAACAGGGAUCUGUCAUUCACCACUGGAGAAAUAGUGCAAGAAGGAAUAGAGUCGGGAUCGUUAUACUCACAUUCAGUGGACAGACCAAAUUCCAGGGAAAUAGCACAGUUGGAGCAGAAGGAUUUAUUUCCUUCCUAUCCUACUUCUGACAGUAAGCAACAGGAAAUAUCACCACUGGGUUUGGCCCAGCCAGAUACAUCUUAUUCAUUUGGAAAAAUGGAACAAGAAGAGACAGAACACAGAGAGCUGGAAGAACUGGAAGAAGCCCAACCAAAAGCUACACAAAUGGAAUUGCAGUAUUCAGAUUUGUCAGAAACCUGGGGGAAAUCAGAUUCACAAGACAUAGACCAAAUGGAUUUGGCACAGCAAGAAACAGCUCAGCCAGAGUUAGCAUGUCCUCUGCCAUAUUCUUUCAGUGAACAAAUGCAAGAAGAAAUGCAAAUGAAGCCAGCAUACCCAGAACAGACAUUUUAUGUAAGUACAGGCAUGCAGGAGGGGGUGACACAAUGCAAAUCAAAGCAACCACUUCUUUCAUGUUUUACUGGAAAAAUGGAACAAGAUGAAGUAACACAUCCAGAGCUGGAGCAAACGUUGUUGCCCUCUUCCAGUGGAAAAGAGUCUCCACUGGAAAUGAAAGUGAGUUCAGAAUAUCCAGAUUUGUCAUAUUCCUCUCAUGGACCUAAACAACAAGAAAAGUUUAAACAUCCAACUUUGCCAUUUAGUUCGAAGCAACAAGAAACUGCACCGCUGGUGAUGGAACAUCCAGAUUUUUCAUGUACCACUGGUGAAGUGAAAUCAUAUGAUGCCAUACAGCAGGAGUCAGAACAUCCAGAAAAGUUACACUCCAUGGGAGAAAUGCAACAAGAAUCAGAAUAUUUAGAUUCACCAGAAACCCUGAGUGGAGCACAAGAUGAAGCCAUGGAGGUGGAAUCUAAAUAUCCAAAUUUGUCAUGUUCUGUUGGUGAAGAAAAACAGCAAGAAACCUUACAAUUGGACUCAAAACAUCCAGAUACAUCAUUUUCCUUUGGUAAUUCUGCAGAACAAUCAACUCAAGAGUUUGAGUCAAAAUGUAAAGAUUUGCCUAAAGUGGCCCGAAAAAGAGCUUUACCAGGAAUUGCACAAAUCGACUCGAAACAUCCAGGUUUAACGUAUUUUCUCAGUGAAGUUGAGAAGCCAGAAACUGCACAAUCAGAAUUGAGACACACUGACUUGUCACAUUUUACCAAUGACACAAACAAACCAGAAGCAAUACUGUUGGAUCAGAAACACAGAAAAAUUUCUGUUGACAGAGAAAAGCAUCAGCAAACCCCAAAACAGCAGUUAGAGCAAGAAAAGUUUUCAUAUUCUCCUGGCAACAUAGAACAAUUAAAAUAUGUCCAGGAGGACUUGGAACAAUCAGGUUUAUCAUUUCCCACUGACAGGCCAGAUGACAAAAGGACUUUGCCAGGGACAGAACAUGCUGAUGUGAUACAUCCUCUGGAUAAAUCAGAGGUGCAACUAGAAUCAGAGCAAAUAGGUUUAACUUACUCCCUUGGAAAACCUGAACAGAAAAUGGCUCAGCCAGAAGUGGAAAUUCCACAUUUGGCCCAUUCUGUGGGCCAACAAGAAUGUUCUGCAGAACAGGAAGAAAUAGCAGAGCCAGGGCAGGGACAUCCUGACUUGCCUUAUUCAGUUUUCAAAGAAGGAGAACUGAAAACUACAGAGCUGAAACCCGAACAUCCUAGUCUAGUAUGCUCCCUCAACAAAGCAGAGGAAACAACACAAUUGCAAGUGGAACCGUUUGAUGUGUUGCAUGUCCAUGACAAAACAGAGCAACACCCACCUGCUCAGCUGGAGCUGGGCCACAGAGUCUUGGCAUCCCCUGCUGACAAAGUGGGACGGCGAGGUAUGGCGCAUACAGACUUGGAACACCCUGAUGAGGUGCAGUCUGUCAGCAGAACAGAGCAUCCACCACCUGCAAAAGAGAAACAAGGAGUUCCAGGUGCAUCACCUCAUAGUGGAAAAGAAAAACAAAAAGGAAUGGCAAAACCAGAGCUGAAGCAUCCUGAUUUAUCAUAUUGCAUUGAUAAAACACAGCCACAAAAAAAUACACGACUGGGGCUAGGAAAACCACACUUAUCAUCUUGGCCUGGCAAAACAGAGCAAGCACAAGCUGCUCAAGAGGAGCAGUCAAGCUUCUUCCAUUCUUCCAACAAAGCUAAACAAGGAGAGAAAGCACAGCCAGAACUGGGACAUUCACAGUUAUCUUAUUCUGUUAGUGAGGCAGAACAAGAAACUGCACAUCAGAAAUCAAUUCAUUCAGAUUUAUCUGCUGGCAUAUUAGAACACCAUGAAGUUAUACAGCCAGAGACAGAAAUAAUGGAUUUAUCAUGCUCAGCUGGUGAAACACAGCAACCUCAAAUUGCCGAGCUGGAUUUGGAAUGUCCAGAUUUAUCACAUUCCACUGGUGCUUUACAGCAACAAGGAGUUCAACCAGAGCUGGAAAAGCCAGGUGAUUUUUCAUCAUCUCUCAGCAAAGAGCAAUGGGAAAGUGCAGGAAUGCAGACAGAACACUCUGGGUUGCAGUACUCUGUUCAGAAAACAGAAGUACUGCAAAACUCACAAGCAGAAUCAGAAUAUGCAGAUUUGUCAUUCUCUGUUGGCACAGCAGAACCUCAUAAAGCAGUACAACCAGAGUUGGAAGAACUUGAUUUGUUGCAUUCUACUGUCAAAACAAAGCAAUCAUGGGCUGCUGCACUAGACCCUGAACAUCCAAAUGUCUCAGAUGCCAUGGCCAAAGUACUACAGCCUGAUUUGUCCUCUUCCAUUAGCAAAGAAAAGCAAAGUGCACAACUGGAUUUCAAACAGGAGAGGGAAAGCCAUACAUUACACCCAGAGGAAGCAGCACAACUGAAAUUAGAACAGCCAACAUUGUCAAGUACUCAUAGAACAGUGGAGCAACCAGAAAGGGCCCCAGUGGAAGGGGAGCUCCUGGACGUCUUGCAUUCCUCUAGCAAAAAAGAGCAGCAAGAAAUGGCAAAACAAGAGUUGGAGCAUUCAGGUUUAUCAUAUUCUACUGAUAAAACACAGAGACAAGAAACGGCACAACUUGUGUUGGGACAAGCAGAUUUAUCGUCUUGCCCUGCCAAGACAGAGCAAGCACAAACUGUUCAAGUGGAAACAGAACAUCAGGACUUGCUACAUUCACCUGGUAAAACACAGUGGCAAGGAACAGCACGAACAGAGGUUGAACAUCCAGGUUUGUCAUGUUCUGUUGCCAAAACAGAGCAGCCACAGGCGGUGCAAUGGGAAUCAGAGCAGACUGUAACACCCCAUCCCAUUGUAAAAACAGAGCAACAUGGAGUGACACAUCCAGAGCAGGAACUUCCCAGUUUACCUUAUUCCAUUUGCAAACCACAGUCACAAGAAAGGACAAAACUAGACAUAGGACAAAAAGAUUUAACAUAUGCCCUUGGUGAAGAAGAUGAAAUACAAACUGUGCAAGGUGAACUGGAACAUAGAGCUUUGCUGUAUUCUUCUGGCAAAACAGAACAAGAAAUGGUGUUGUCAGAGUUGCAACAUAAACAGCUAUCUUAUCCAGUCAGAGAAAUAGAAGAGGAAGCUACACAUCAGAAAUCAAACUAUACAGAUUUGUCAUAUUCCAUUGGCCAAAAAGAGCACCAUGAAAUAGUACAACCAGAACUGGAAGAAAUGGAUUUAUCCUAUACAAGUGGCAAGUCAGAACAUUCACAACCAGCCCAAGUAGUACUGCAACAGCCAGAGGUUUUGGAAUCUUUUGGCAAACGAGAGGAAAAAUCAAUGGCCCAGCCUUCCAUUUUGCACUCACAUGGUGAAGAAAAGCAGAAACUAGCUUCACAGUUAGACUCAACGCAGCCAGGUUUAUCACAUCUGCUUGAUAAAACAGAAAUACAGGAAACUGCAGAAGAAGGGUUUGUGCCUUCUGAUUUUUCAUAUUCUAUGGGAAAAGCAGACCAAUUGGAAAGAGAACAAAUGAAAUUAAAAUGUCCAGAAUUGUCAUAUUCUCUUGGCAAACUAGAAACUCAUGGAGUGAAACCAUUGAGUUUAAUGUACUCCUAUGGCAAAAAAGAGCAGCCACAGGCUGCCCAGAUGGAACAUCCAGAGACACCAUACUUCAUGGGUGAAACAGAGCGGAAGGAUGGGGCCCAUCCUGAAGAGCAGUGUUUUAAUUUGCAGUAUUCUGUUGUUGAAGCAGAGCAACCCGAAACACCUUCUGUAUUUUAUACCUUUGGCAGGACUAAGGAGCAGGAAACUGCACGACCAAAGUUUGAACAAUCUUUUUCAACCUAUACUGAACAAGCAGAAAAGCAUGAAACGGCUGUACUGAGAGCAGGACAUUCAGAGAAGUGGGACAUUGGGACUACUUCAUCUCUAACUACUCAGUUAGAAACUGAGUGGGAAACUGAACAAGAUUUAUCCUUUUCCACUGAGGAAGCAGCAAGCCCAAAAAUUCAAUCCUAUUCAUCUCUUACUGAAAAAUCAGUGUCUGUACCUCUGGGUGUUUCACAUUCUGUUUCUAAAACAAAAAUGGAAAGAAGUCCAAAGUCUUCACCUGUAGCUGGAGGCAUGUCCCCUGAGCACUUAGAUUUAUCUUACACCCAUUAUAAAACAGAGCAGUCAGAAACUGCACAGCCUGUGUCAAGUUUCUUCUCUGCAAGAAAAGAAGCAGAGAAUACAAGAAUUGAUCCACAUUUGCAUAUGGCUGCACAUUCAGAACCUGAACAUAUAAUUACAUCUGAAACAGAGAGAGAACAGACUCCACAUUACUUCCACACAACUAAACAAUUAGAGUCUGAACAAUUAAAUACAUCAUAUUCUAUAGAUAAAACAGAAACUGUACAAGGUCAAGAGUAUUUAACUGUACCUUCAAAACUGGAGACUGAACCUUCAGUUCCAUUUUAUUCAGUUGAUGAAACACGUCAGCAAGAAAUUCCACCUUAUUCAAAACCUACCUCUGAGUAUUUGGUUGCCAAGUGCUCCCUAGCUGAACACAAAAAGCAAAGCAUGCUGCUAGUUACUCCCCAGUCUGCACAAUCAGAGAGUAAAUAUGUAAUUCCACCACAUGAUGAAAUAGAAUUGCAAAAAGAUCAGCUAUAUUCACCUGAAACAGCAAGCUUGAAUGUAGCACAGAUGGGGGAUAAGUCCCUGUUGCACACACAAGAACAAGACGAGCAAAACCUCACAGAAUACUUGUCAUCAGAGCAGCUAAGAAGUCACGCCACAUUCACUGCCAGCCAGGAUAAGCAAGAAAUACAACCUGAUGUGCAGAAGGUGCCAUCAUUGAUGAGCACAGAGUCAAAGGUGACUGCUGUAGCAGACCAGCAACCAGUACCAUCAGAUUCAUUUGUUCCUUUUCAUACUUCAUCUGAAAAGUCAGUAUCUGUGUCUUUCACUGGUGAUAAAGAGAAACAAAAUACUUCAUUAUCUCUAUCUAAAAUAGUAGGUACAUCUGGAAACCAAACAAACACAGAAGAGGAUAGACAUGGAAUGCAACCCUAUUUUGCAGAGCAGAAGUAUACAUCCUUAGAGCAAAUGGAAGCUGUUUCGCCAGAUCUUGUUUAUGAAACUGUGACACACAAAACUCAGCAUUAUUCUGGUGAACAGGACAGACUUUCUUCAGCAGAGUCAAAGUCUGUCUGCUCUAGUUCUGAUGAAAAGCCAAGUACAGACAUUCCAUCUUUUGAUUUGGCUAGCUGGCUGGCAGAAGAGGUGAAAGCUCGUUCAAUUAAUCCUAUACGAGCUACAGAAGUAGACAAGCAAGGAAUUCAGCUUUCUCUAAAGGGAACUUCUGGUUUUGAAUCAAAACAACACCCAGCUGGAAGUUGUGCAGAACUUAAAGUUCAUGGCACUGCUGUCAAUAAAGGAGAUACAUUUAGAGUUUCUGAUUCAGUGUCAAGUGAAAUUUCCCAUGGAGUGCCCUCAGAAACUGGUUACAGAAUGCAAAGACAUGAUUUACUGUCUCCAAAAGCCGAUAAUCCAGGUCCAGACAAAGCUCCAAAGAGUGAAACUAAGUUUGUAAACCCUACAGAAAGGGAAGCAGUGCAACAUCCAGAGGUAGACAAAAUGUCUAAAGUGCCCGAACAUUACGUGACAAGAGAAGAGGAAGAAAUGGAAAAAGCAAGUGCUGUAGAAGACACUCAGCAUGAUCAAGAACCUACUGAACAAAAAGAUCUAUUUAAUAUAAUUUCAGAAGGUUAUGAAAUACUCAAUAUUCAUGCUCCUACACAUAUUUCUUCUGUUGAUCAAGAAGAAAGUAAACACAUGCCAGAUAAACUAGAAUACUUGGAAACAAAUCCUUCAUUUAAAAGAAAAUUAGGUCAUGAUAGCCAUAGUGCCUUAGCUUCUGGAACAACCACAGAAAUUUCAGAUAGCUCAAUGUUGGGAAAGCCAGAAACCCAUGAACAAAAAGAAUUGGUCAAGAAUGAUGACAUUGAGGAAACUGAAGAAACACAAAAGGAAAAUCCACUGUUGCCUGAAAGCAAUAUUGAUGUGAUGUUGGAUCCUGAUAAUGGUAUGGCUGAUAUGGAUUAUUUUGAAAAGUACACCUUGAUUGAUGACAAAUCCCCAGUUAAGCCACAUUUUGAAAGACCAAGUUCAUCAUUUCCUGAGACAGAAGAUCGUAAUGAACCUGUGGAAGAAGCUGCAUCUUUUAAAGAAAGCGCAGAGGUAGAUACUUUGGAAGAGGAGUUUUCCCUACUUGAGGAUCUGGAUGAAGUCUUUUAUGGUACUGCAAAAGGAGAAAGCAAAAUGCAGGCCUAUGCAGCAGCUCCAGAAUCUUUACCUCUGCAGAAAUCAAUUGACAUUAGCAGUAAAAGAGUUACAAAUAUAGAAGAUGAACGGAAGUCACCAGGGACCCCACUAUUUGAUUCAGAAGAAGGAGUGCUAGAACGAUCUCUAUUUUUUCCAACAUCAGUUGCUGCUGUUAACCCAGAGCUUCUAGAAGAGCCACCUGCUUUGUCAUUUUUGUACAAGGAUCUCUAUGCAGAAGCAGUAGGAGAAAAGACAAAGGGUGAGACUCCAUCUGAUGAGGAGAGUGGAAAUUCUAAUGCAUCUUUUCCUAGUAGAAAUUCAGACACAGAUGAUGGAACAGGAAUAUAUUUUGAAAAAUACAUUCUUAAAGAUGAAAUUCCAGGUAAGGUCUUAGAGCAACAGAGGGAUCAGAUACCAGAGGAUGAGUCUUUUAGUGGAGGAAUUUCAGUUCAGAGUUACGAGGACAAAUACAAGUAUAGGUCUGCUGGUGUUUUAGGAACUGAGAUUCUGCCAGAAAGGGGUGUUGUGGAGACAGAGAAAGUCCAGGUAGAUAGUGACAUUAAAGCAACAAUUUGUAAACCAAUGCAUGCCAUUCCUUUUGGAAGAGAAGCGAUUCUUUCAGGUGCUAGAAGUGAUACUACUGAACAAAGAGAAGAAGAAAAUGUACCUGUAGAAACCACUGAGGAAUUGCCAGAGCAAAUGAGUCAUCAAGAGUAUAGUCAAAUAGUCGAUUCUCAGGGAGCUGCACAUCCAGACGUUGGCUAUAAGCGGGAAGAACGGCACAAAACAACAGCAGUUCCUCAAAUGGAAAAAUAUGUCCCAUAUAUCAGAACUCCUGUUGAAGACAGUGAAGAUGAUCAGUAUACCCAGGAAAGUAUCUCAUGUGUUCCUACCAUUCAGCAAAGAGAGAAGACAGACUUGCAAAGAGAGGAGCAGCAGCACCCUGAUGCUUAUGAAGAUCUUGCUGAGUCAAUGGACUAUGAUGUGAUUACACAAGAAGAACUGUUACAAGAUGAAAUGUCAUCUGAAUUCACACAUGAGGAGCUAUUAUUUGAAGACAGGGACUCUUUCGAGCACGUUGGGGAUAGUUAUGAAUUUGUUAAUGAACCAGAGCAAAGAACACCAGCUGAACUUGAAGAUUCAGGCUUUGUGGUGAUGUAUCCUGAAAAAUCAACGGCAAACAUUCCUCAAGUUGAGAGUCCACAAAGAGAAUUAAAGAAAGCGCAAACAGACACAUAUUGUUACCACUGCAAAUGUCCAAUAUCUGCCAUUGACAAGCUUUUUGGAGAACACAAAGACCAUGAGGUCACAACACUAGAUGCUGCUGCAACCAAGAUGAAGGAUCAGUUAGGUGAAUUGUUAAAAGCACUGGAAGAAAAGUCAAUGAAGAUUGAAGAGUUUGUGAGUGAUAUUGAAUCCCUAUUUAACUCUGUUGAGGAAAACUGUAAGAAAAAUGCAGAGUUAUUGGAAAAGCAGAAUGAAGAGAUGCUUAAGAAAGUGGUAGCACAAUAUGAUGAGAAAUCAGAGAACUUUGAAGAAGUGAAGAAGAUGAAAAUGGAAUACCUGUAUGACCAGAUGGUUAACUACCAGCAAACUGUUGAUUCAGCAAAGGAAACUUUGGAGACAACAGUAAAGGAAAUGGAAGAACUUGAUGGAUUUGUUUUCCUAAAUUUAUCUAAAGAAUUGAAUAAAAGGUUACUUUCUGCAAUGGAUACUACUCUCUCCUUAGAAAAGGUGCCCAGUGCUUUUUCACUGUUUGAGCACUACGCGGACAGUCCAGGAAAAAGCAACCAGCACUCUUUAAAACAUGUGGCUGUCCCACAGACACCGAGUGUAAUACCUCAGGAGCAAAACUCAGCUACUAGCACCUCCAUUGCCGUCUACUGGACUGUGAAUGAAGGGGAUGCCAUUGAUUGCUUCCAGGUGUAUUGUAUGGAGGAGCCACAAGCCAGCAAAGAUGAGGCAGCUUUGGUGGAAGAAUACAGAGUGACAGUGAAGGAAAGCCACUGCAUUUUGGAGGACCUGGAGCCAGAUCGCACUUACAGUGUGUGGGUCAUGGCUGUGAACUGUACAGGAUGUAGCUUGCCCAGUGAAAAAGCCAUUUUUAAAACAGCACCCGCCAUCCCCACCAUCAAGGCUGAAGACUGCAUGGUGUGUUGGGAUACAGCCACCAUACGCUGGCAUGACGGCUCAGCAGCAGCGGAGUCCUUCACCCUGGAGUACUGCCGACAGCACUCGCCGGAAGGAGAGGGUCUCAGAUCUUUUUCUGGUAUAAAGAGGAAUGAAUUGAAAGUAUCCCUGGAGCCCAAUGUGAACUAUUUCUUCUACUUGAGGGCUGUCAACACAUUUGGGACAAGUGAACAGAGUGAAGCUGCUCUCAUCUCAACUAAAGGAACUCGAUUUCACAUACUGAGUGGCACAGCCCAUCCCGCUUUGCAAAUCUCCCCUGAUGCAACUGUGAUCUGCCUUCCCGAGAAAGCCAAAUUCACUGGGUUUCCAUCAGUCCUGGGUGAACCGCUGCCUGCUCGGGGACGUCAUUACUGGGAAACUGUUGUCUCUGCCUGCAGAAGCUACAGGAUUGGGAUUUGCUAUGAGACAACACCUCAGAGCAGUGUCCUGGGACUGAGUGAUACUUCCUGGUGCAUGCACUGCUGUCCUACACAAACCAGCUUUCUUUACAGAUUUUUUCACACGGGCAUGAUGAGCGAUGUCCAUGUGACAGAACAGCCAGCCAGGAUCGGCAUUCUGUUGGAUUACAGUGGUGGCAGACUGUUAUUCUUCAAUGCAGAGAGAGGACUGGUGCUGUUUGCCAUCAGGCACAAAUUUACUGAUGCUGCUCACCCGGCCUUUGCCCUGGAGAAGGCUGGAGUGCUUACCCUGCACACAGGAAUGGAGCUGCCAGAGUUUGUGAAGCACAGCUAAUUCCCUGCUUCACACUCUCAGGAAUACUAACAGUUACAGUGUUAGGGUCAGGGAGGGAAAGGGGAUAGUCAGGGAGGGAUGUCAAGUUUUCUCUGAUGAAUGCUAUGUGCAUGGCUCUCCCUCACAUCGUCAAUAAUUGUAGUUAGUGCUCAGCCACAUAAUCACCUUGAGCCCAGAGAGAAAACAGCACCUUCAGGUGGAAUGUACACCUAGUGAUAUACACAGCAGUACUUUGGAGGAGGAAAAAAUGAUUUGUUAGAUAUGAGCUUUAAGAGGGGGGGAAAUGUACUUUCCCUGUGAAGAUAAUGACAGUGCUUGCUGUCUUUUUAAAGUUGAUGAUGAGCCUGUGUAUGAAAUAAAUGCG